AUGAAAAUCGAAGAAGUAAAAAGCACAACAAAAACACAACGUAUAUCAGCUCACAGUCAUGUGAAAGGAUUGGGCUUGGAUGCUGACCAACGUGCUAUACGUAUUGCUGGCGGUCUUGUUGGUCAAGAGCAAGCACGCGAAGCAGCAGGCAUUAUUCUCGAAUUGAUUCGUCGAAAGAAAAUGGCUGGUCGUGCUGUUUUGCUUGCUGGGCCACCUGGCACAGGAAAAACUGCUCUUGCUUUGGCCAUUGCACAAGAACUUGGUUCUCGUGUUCCAUUUUGUCCAAUGGUUGGCAGUGAAGUUUAUUCGACGGAAAUUAAAAAAACUGAAGUUUUAAUGGAAAAUUUUCGUCGCGCUAUUGGCUUGAGAAUAAAAGAAAUAAAAGAAGUUUAUGAAGGUGAAGUAACAGAAAUGACACCAACAGAAACUGAAAAUAGUUAUGGCGGUUACGGUAAAACUGUUAGCCAUGUUGUAAUUGGUUUACGUACAGUAAAAGGCGCCAAACAACUUAAACUUGAUCCAUCAAUUUAUGAAACAUUACAAAAAGAAAAAGUCGAAAUAGGAGAUGUUAUUUAUAUUGAUGCAAAUUCAGGAGCUGUUAAAAGACAAGGUCGAUGUGAUGCUUAUGCAACCGAAUAUGAUCUUGAAACUGAAGAAUAUGUUCCAUUGCCCAAAGGUGAUGUUCAUAAGAAAAAAGAAGUUGUACAAGAUGUAACAUUGAAUGAUUUGGACGUUGCGAAUGCUCGACCACAAGGUGGACAAGAUAUUCUAUCGAUCAUGGGCUCAUUAAUCAAACCUAAAAAAACCGAAAUCACUGAUAAACUUCGUCGAGAAAUAAACAAAGUUGUCAAUAAAUAUAUUGAUCAAGGUAUAGCAGAACUUGUACCAGGUGUUUUAUUCAUCGAUGAAGUUCAUAUGUUGGACAUUGAAUGUUUUACUUAUCUACAUCGAGCAUUAGAAAGUCCACUGGCGCCCAUUGUUAUCUUUGCUACUAACCGAGGACGCUGCGAAAUACGAGGUACGGACAUUCUGUCUCCGCAUGGUAUGCCAUUGGAUUUAAUUGAUCGAAUUAUGAUUAUUCGUACUCUUCCCUAUGGAAUGGAAGAUAUGGUUGAAAUUCUUCGAAUCCGUGCCAAAGUUGAACAUAUUGAUGUAACUGAUGAAUCUUUACAAACACUUGCUGACAUUGGAAAUGUAUCAACAUUGCGAUAUGCUGUACAAUUAAUGACACCGGCAAAUAUUCUGGCUCGAAUAAAUGGCAAAGAUCAGAUAGAAAAAGAAGAAAUCGAUGAAGUACGAGAUCUAUUUCUUGAUGCAAAGUCAUCCGCAUUAUUACUCAAACAAGAAGAUGCGAAGUAUAUGAAAUGA